UGUUCCAUUUCAGGUCUAAAAAAACCUGACAGUUGGGGAAGAGUUCUUCUCCAUGUCACGGACGACUGUGGCCUCAGCUGAGUACUGUAGCUCCUUCCUCACAUAAGUUUGUUUUAGCAGAGGAGCAAAUGGAUCAGAAAGAGAUGAGCGAUCCUCUGAACAAUGUGUCACUGAUAAAAGAUAAUCUGACCAGAUCAAACAUGGAAUCCUCUGGUGACUCGGACAAAGUGAUUCAACGCUUGAAUGAAGAACUGCGACAGGCUCAGGAGAUGGCCAAUACAGAGAAACAUAAAUGCAUGGAACUGCAAGGUGUCUUGGAAGAAGAGCGAAAAGAAAACAAAAAACAAGCAAAUGAAUCAGCAAAGCAGAUAAAGCACCUUCAAGGCCAGCUGCAGCAGUUCCAAGAGGAGAUGGGUGUUCUCAGGGAGCAGAUGGACGUCGCCUCCAGUUCAGCCAAUGAGCUGCAGAUCGCCCGGGACGAAGUGAAAUCCCUGAAGAAAGCCCUGGAGGUGGCCAGUGCUGAGCGCGACCGAGACAUUGCUGCCAUCCAGUCUAACCUGGCUGCUGCAUCAAAUGACCUGGACAAGUGGCGCCAGACCGCUAACAAAUAUGAACGUGAGAUUGACGACCUACAGAGGGAUCUGCAGCAGCAGAGCAAGCAGUGGCAGAAAACUGCAGAAAUCCAAGCCAAUGAGCUGCAGUCAGUUCAGAUGGAGUGCAACAGCCUUCAAAAGGAGUGUUCUGUCCUGCGCUCUGAGAAGCAGGACAUGGUGAAUAAGCACCAGAAAGAGAAGAUCAGUCUGCAGAGUGAGUGUGCCUCUCUCCGGGCUGAAAAGGAGGAACUUCUGAAGAGUCACCAGAAAGAGAAGGCCAACCUGCAGAGCGAAUGUGCAGCACUGUGCUCGGAGAAAGAGGAAGCGGUGCAGAAACAGCAGCAGCUGCAGAGGGACCUUGUUAGUUGUCGUGACCAGAACGCUGAGCUGAAUGACAGCCUCAGAGCCAUUGAACAGUCUCAGCAGGAGUUACUGAAGAAGCUGGAGGGCCUGCAGCUCCAGCACCAGCAGGAUAGCAACGAGCUGCAAACGCAGCUGGGAGAGGCAGACAGCCGCUGCAGAGCUCUGCAGAGAGAGUUCGAAGGUGCUCAGACUGAGUUAUCUGACCUGAAGGAAAAGUUGGAGAACAGCCAGCAGGAAAAGCAUUCACUCUUAGAUCAGCUCGAGGAAUGCAAAGCAAGCCUGAGUGACAUACAGGAGAAGGGAUCUAAGACCUCCCUAUUGCUGCCUGUUCAAGCCACAGUCAUCGGCCUUAUCCUGGCUUUGCUGUAUUGGUGUUUCGGCGCAUUGUGGUAGUAAAGAAACCGUGGAUGAUCUGGGGCACCAUGGUUGCGGUGGCUCUGACAGCUGUGACGGCUGCUGUGAUCUUCAAAACCUAAGGGGAGCGCUUUCAAACAUUCACACGCACAUUCGGGAAACCCAUGUUUGUCACCAGAUGUUGAAACUUGCCCCCUAAUCAUAUCUUCACUAAUAAGUGGGAGGGCUCCUAUUUAAUAGUAUAAUUGUUAAGACGCUUUAUCUUAGAUGGGAUGCUAACAAACGAAUGUUGGUCUUUUUUUGAGUGAAUCAGUAAGUUUGUGUGUCUGUUACUGGAGGGAAGUUUAGCUAUGUUUCAUGUCAUUUAUCAAUUUGACUCAUAGGAUCAUCCAUUAAUGAAUGUAAAACUGCUUCCCCAAAUAGCUUAGAGUGUUUGUCAUCAUAAAAUAGUCUCAGCCACCGGAGGAUGAUGGGUAACAGUCCACUGAUGGGUGUUUGCUUAGUCAAUGGAUGUCUUGCGAAAUGUAAAGAUGGAUAAAUGUCAAAGUUUGAAAGAGAAUUCUUUGAUUUCAUUUUGUUUCUUCCACUGGAGCAUCAUUAAACACAAAUGAAACAA